AUGCUGUCCCCUGCUAACGGCCUGCUGGCGGUUAAAUCGGACUCCAAGCUUGUUGUAGAUGGGCUCACCGCGCACCUGGACGCGUGGGAGGACCGCGGCUGGAUCGGUGUCUCCAACGCAGCGAACAUCCGUGACGCCGUGGCGCGCCUGCGUGCGCGCGAAGGUGCUACGACGCUUGAAUGGGUUAAAGGGCACGCGGGAACAGAAGGAAAUGAGAUGGCGGACGCGCUGGCGGGGAAGGGGAGCAGCAUGGACCCAAACGCGAGUCCCGCACUCCCGCCACCUCCCCCGGGGCAGCUUGAGGAAGGGGUUCGCCUCCCCGUGCUAACGCAGAAGCUGGCGUAUCUAGGAGUACGUCAAUGGAGGCCGCGGCAGGACCGGCGCAAGACAGCACUCACGAUCGGUCGAGUAAUCGAGACGGUGGCGGCGGACUGGUCGCUGUCUCUCAGCGCUGCGCAGUUGUGGAAAGCACUCCGCCGAGAUGAUGUCCGUAGGACCCUCCGCGAUUUCUGGUGGAAAGCCCUGCACGGCGCUCUCCGAGUAGGAGCGUACUGGGAUAAAAUCCCAGGGUAUGAGCAGCGGGCGUCAUGCUCGCACUGCGGUGUGAGUGAGUCGCUCGAGCAUAUCCUGGUGGACUGUGACGCUCCGGGCCAGCGAGAAAUCUGGCAAUCUGUCAAUGCGAUGCUCGACGCUAGAGCCAUCCGCGUGCCACAACUUACCUACGGAUCGAUACUGGCAGCUCCGGCGCUGCUGGCUCCGGGAAAGAACAGCACGGCUCGCGCUGGAGAAACUAGAUUCCUCCGUAUCCUCCUUACCGAAUCUUGUCACUUGGUGUGGAAGCUGAGAUGUGAAAGAGUUAUCGGGAGGGAAGGAGACCCGGAAAAGUACCACUCUGUGUCGGAAAUCAGGCGCCGGUGGUUAAACGCUAUGCAACAAAGGCUAGAUCUGGAUCGGGCGCUGGCUAAACCAGCAUACAAAAAGGGCUCGAUAAGUAAGAAACUUAUCUUGAGUACGUGGGCGGGGACCCUGCGAGAUGAAGGGGCCUUGCCAUCGGACUGGAUAUAUUACAAGGGGGUUUUAGUGGGUAAGCCGUCGCACUGGGAUUCUCAUGGAUAG